AUGGACGAUAACGACGGCGAUAUCAUAGCCUACAUAUACCCGGCCGUGGGAACUAUAGGGAAACAACUGGCGCAAGAGGCCAUAGAGCUAAACAAGGGGCACCCAGGAUAUACGCCUCCAAGACGCUCUCACCUUCACGAUCGGAAUGCGCUGCAUAGCGGAAAUCCCAAGACACGGAAAGAGGGAAAUGGCAAGAAAACGGCGAAUGAAGAGGCCCAGCAUCCUUUCGAAUAUGAAGCUUGUAUCAAGGUGACAUUCAGUCACAUUCCCAAAACUCGCCAUGGGCUAAGGUGUGGACACGGUGAGGAUGCCGAGCUCCAGCUUGAUCCCCUUCAAGGCGUCGGACUCUAUCACUUUGCCCUCACAUUUGACGACAGCUAUCGUCUGAUCGUUCGGGACUUGUGGUCUACGAGCGGCACCACGGUCAUAUACGGGAAGGCCGAACGGGGCCCGUGGUCCAACUUCAACUGGAUUGUUGGCGGAAGUGAUUUUCUUGAUGGAGUUAGUUCUAUUAUUGUCAAAGUGCACAGCCUUCUGCAGUUCCAGCUCUUCAUACCGCAUCACGAUAUUCAGUCCAAGCUUUACAGGGACAAAGUCGAUCGAUACCGUGCUGGAUGUGUGGAUGUUCAACAGAUCCUCAGCCUUGGCCAUGUUGGUCUCUCAAGCCAGGCCAGAACCACACUUCCAUCUGGCAUGUUCACAUGCGCAAAAAGACCGACCAAGGCCGUGACUCUUCAGAAGAAGAUUGGCGAGGGAUCGUUCGCGUCCGUCUACCGUGUUUGGGUUGUCGAUACUGGAUUGCAAUAUGCUUUGAAGAAACCGAAAGCAUCGAUGUUACUCGAUAGGGAUGCAUGGGAAAGAGAGGCUUUUAUCAUGGAGCGAUCCAAGCAUAAACACAUUGUAUCUUUCCUCGGCGUAUGUGCACCACCAAACGCGUGGCUGCGACUUGAAUAUAUGUCUGAAGGCACUCUUAGCGACCACAUCAAAGCCAACAACCACUUUUCCCGAGUAGAAUGCGGACAGAUUCUAACACAGGCAUUGGAUGCUCUGACUUACCUGCACUCGAGUGAUCCGCAAAUUGUGCACAGGGAUAUCAAGCCAAAUAAUAUUCUCAUUUCGUAUCGACGCCCGAACGAUAUUUUUAUCAAGCUUGCAGACUUCGGUAUCGCUCACGAAGGAGGCACCCUCAUGACCAUGUGCGGCACAUACUGCUACAUAGCGCCUGAGAUAUAUGUGGGAACGGCUAUUCAGAAGAGUCAAAGGGAGGCUUAUACGGCUCUUGUUGAUGUCUGGUCACUGGGCGUCGUACUCGCGGAGCUCUUGUGUGGGCUGCCUAAAGAUGGUGGGAUAUAUAGCAUGGGAGUGGAUUGGUGCGAAACCAUCUAUGAGAGGGUGGAAAUGAAGAGUAGGGUUGGGAAUGAUGAAAUAUUAUCGUUCAUUCUGGAAUCGAUGCUUCGUCUAGAGCCAGGCGACAGAAUGACUGCUGCGGAUUGCCAUAAACGAGCAGUAGACUUAUGUGUUCGAACCCGAGGACGAAGCUGUAGCGUCAAUGAUGGCGGUUGCUCGACUGGAUGCGAAGAUGUCGAGAAUACCAUCAUCCCAAGAAGCCGCCACAGGCUCGACAAUCAGAUCGGAACGACAAGCAGCGACUUGGGUAUGAGAGACUCGUCACUAAGCAGAUACAUUAUCAGCAAUCCUGAACGAUAUGCCGGCUCUGCCAAGGCACCACCUCCUCAGGCAAAAGCAACAAUGGUUCAUGUCGGGCAGUUUCUUCCCAAGUUUCGCAAUCCUGACGACAGCCUCUUCUAUGAGUCUACCAUCGGAAAGAUUCUAGAUGAAGGCUAUGAUGAGGAAUCCGAGACAGCUUCAACAAUUAUCCCCAUCCAUCGCGCCGAGUCCCAAGAAAGAGUCGAGCAAGCAUUGAUCACGUCGGUGUCGCCACAUACAGCGUCUGUGGAAGAUUCACUUCUUUCAACCAUGGAGUGGUCGAACUUUGACGAUGACGACGACGCUGAGAUAACAAUAGAACAGGUAGAGACUCUGAUGAGCAACGAAUCUCACGCAUCGGCCUCCCUCAAGAGACCAAGCACUUCCAUGAGCCCGCCGUCGCCAAACCCUAUGGAAAGGAUCAAGAAGCGACCCAAGACGAGCGAAAGAGAAGAUCAAUGA